AUGAGAAUAAAUCAGAGAUGCACUGGAGUUGCCUCAAGGACAGCACACAAAAUACCCGCACAAAACGCCGUUUGCGAAGAGAAAAGAGAUGGCUCCCCUCCUCCACAAAUGCCGCUCUCCGAGGAGGUUCAAGACGACGACACGAUGCGAGGUGUGAAAUCAUUUGAUGAAGAGAAAAGCGGCAAAGAAAUCGGCCCACUAACCCCCGAGAAGGCAAAGAUAAAGAAAGAGAUGGCUCUAAAGUCGUCAACUCCUCCAAGCAGCACUCCGACAAAUUCGCAAGAGGAA